GUCAAAAUAGAGAUCGAGAUGUGAAGUGAACGUGAACAAUUUUCUUUUCUGUUUUCUGCAGUAGAAAUCAUGGCCAAACUUUAUCGUCUGAAAACACUCUUUCUGGAUAUAGGACUGAUUUUCGUAUCAAUUUUUCUCCUUUUUACACUCGUACCUGCGAUUCUGCUUGGGGUGAUUUUACCCCUUUUGAUCAUUCGGAUUUUUGCAGUGCAAACUGCCAAGGUCAAUAAUAAUUUGGGUUCUCCAUUAUCUAUCACAAGUUGCCACACGGCCAUUGAUGACAUUUAUGGGAAGCCGAGGUGUAGUUUGGUAGCUGUAUUUUAUCUUAAAGAAAAACUAUGUGUGGACAAACUGUUGGAAAGAGUUGCAAAAUUAUUGGAAUCGAGCAAAUAUCCAGAGUUGAAACAGACACUAACUCGCUGGAUGUGCACCUACUUCUGGGCAAACUGCCCCCAAUUCUCCAUAUGCAACCAUGUCUUCUUUGACCCUUCAACGGACCCUGGAGAUUUCCGCAGCAAGUUGGAAUCUUUUGUAGUUAAGCCUUUCAAACAGGACCAACCUCUCUGGGAAAUCACAGCAUUUCCGAACUACAAGAAUGAAGAGACAUCUUCCAGUUCCGCCCUGGUAAUUCGGAUUCAUCACAGUCUUGCAGAUGCAUUUGCACUUGUCGGAUUGGUGAAGAACAUUGCGGAUCCAUGUCCUGAUGAUGGCGUGGAGAAGCGAGUUUCCUUCUCUAAAACACCUGUCGUCGGUUACAGAGAAAAGUUACUGCUUCUUCUCCAGUUGGUUUUCGUAACUCCGGUGCAAACAAUAGUUGUAGCUCUGAAAGGCUUUGAUGUCAAUCAGUGGACAAUUCCAGAGGGAAAAAUGACCGGAACGCUGAUUCAAUAUGAAAGUUAUCACGAAAUUAGUCAAGAUGUGCUCAAGGAGACGGCGAAAUUGCACAGCAAGAGCAUCAGUGCCAUCAUAUUUUCAGGCUUCACAUCCGCCGUGAGAAAGACAAUGAUGAUGCGUCAAGAGGUCAAAGAAUUGAGAAAGUCGGUUACAAUACUGUACCCUUGGCCUCGAAUCGGUCAUCCAGGAAUUCUCACAAAUCACUUAACGUGUGUCACAAUUCCAGCUCCGAUUUACGUACAUGAUUCAGAACAAAGACUGAACUUAAUUUCUGAAACGUUCAGCUCUCUUCAGAAAUCUAGCUUACCGCUGGGAAUGCUCUUGGUCAACUUGGCCGUGGGUCUCGUCUCUGGCUUCACACGUCGUGCUUGCUCAGUUGGGAAUUUUGGAACUGCCAUUUUAUCAAAUUUCUUAUAUAGUUCGAAACCCUUCAAAUUUUUUGGAUCCGAAGCAACCCAUUUUAAUAUCCUAACUGGACUGCAGUUAAAAAGGAUUGGUUUAAUGUGUAACGCAGUAAAUUAUAAUGGUCGCUUAGUCAUUGGUGUGAAAGCUGACUCGUCGUUAUUUCCUAAUCGUGAAAGUAUAGUGCUUUUUGUUAAGUAUAUGAUUGACGAAUUUUAUUUAUUAAAUACAAGUGGUUCAACGGUUUAAAAUGUGUAUUAAAUAUCUACAAUUGUUAACAAA